GUUUUUUUUUUCUAUAUAAAACCCUGUAUGUUAUUGUGGUUUCAUCAUUCAAAAAGAAUGGGUUGUCUAAUGUGGGCUUAUCAAAUUCUAUGCAUUCAGUUGUUAUUUUUGUGCUCUCAAAGUUCUGCAACACUCUGCUCUCGUGGCCAGAGUUAUGCAUUGCUCCAAUUUAAACAACACUUUUCCUUCAUAAAUACUUCUUCCUCUGAUUGUGAUUAUCUUCAACCCUCUUAUCCAAAAAUGAUGUCUUGGAAAGAGGAGAAGGAUUGCUGCUUAUGGGAUGGUGUCACAUGUGAUUCUUUAACAGGUCAUGUGAUUGAUCUCGACCUUAGUUGUGCCUGGCUUCAUGGAAGUUUUCCUUCAAACACUAGUCUUUUCCUUCUUAAUCAUUUGCAAAGGCUAAACUUAGCUUUUAAUGAUUUCAAUCUUUCCCAUAUUUCUUCUGAUUUUCAUCGUUUGUCUAGUUUGACAGAUCUUAAUUUGUCAUGCUCAAACUUUUCUAGCGAAAUUCCUUCUGAAAUCACCCAUUUGUCUAAAUUGAUUGUGCUAGAUAUUUCUCAAAAUUACUUUGAUGAACCUUCAAUUGAAACAAAUACUUUAAAGGGGUUAGUUCAAAAUUUGACCAAAUUAGCAGAACUUCAUCUUGAUGAUGUGAACAUGUCUACCGUUGUACCAAGUUCCUUCAUGAAUUUAUCUUCUUCUUUAUCUUUUUUGAGUCUCUCUUCUUGUGAUUUGCAAGGAAACUUUCCAAAUAGCAUCUUCCAUCUACCAAGUUUAAAAACCCUCGAUUUAGCAUAUAAUCACAAUUUGACAGUUGUUUUCCCCAAGGUUAACUGGAGUAGCCCCCUCAAGUUUUUGGAUGUGUCUUCCACAACUUUUUUUGAAGAAUUACCAAGUUCUCUUGGAAAUCUCAGGUACUUGACACAUUUUGUUGCCUCAUACUGCGGUCUUUCUGGGUCAUUACCUAUCUCACUUGGAAACCUUUCAAACCUUAAUCAUUUGAGGUUGUCAGGAAACAAUUUUGGAGGUCACAUUCCGUCAUCUUUUUCAAAUUUUGAUUUGCUCAAUUUAUUAGAUGUUUCAUCCAAUAAUUUCAUAGGCCAAGUUCCUGAUAUGAUUUUGAACAUGAAUCAUCUUUCUUAUUUAGACUUUUCAGCGAACCAACUAACUGGUCCAAUUCCUUCUAAUGUAAAUAGGUUUGGAACUUUAGUCUCUAUUUCUUUAUAUAAUAACUUUUUCAAUGGGUCUCUGCCAUCCUGGUUAUUCACUCAACCUUCGUUACGGUUUGUAGACUUGGGUUUUAACCAACUAACAGGCACUAUAAAUGAAUUUUAUAGUAAAUCACUGAAAACUCUCUAUUUAGAUAGUAAUCGAUUGCAUGGAUCAAUUCCAAGUUCAAUAUUUGAACUUGUUAAUUUAACUACUCUUUAUCUUUCCUUGGACAAUUCAACUGCCACUGAUCUUCACUUGCUUUCAAAGCUUAAGAAACUUCAAGAGCUCGACUUCUCUCAUGUCAAUCUGUCUUUAAGCACCCCAUUCAAAGGAAACUCUUCCUUUACACAACUCACCAUGUUGAGAUUAUCUGCUUGUAACUUGAGUGAAUUCCCAAAUAUUUUAAGGAAAUCAGACCAAUUGAUGGAGCUAGACCUUUCUGAAAAUAGAAUUCAUGGCCGAAUUCCUAAAUGGAUGUGGAACGUUGGAAAGGAAAGUUUGAGCUGGUUAAAUCUUUCCCACAACUUUCUUACAACCAUAGAUCACCUUCCAUGGAAAAAUCUUGACAUUUUAGACCUUCGUUCCAACUUCAUUCAAGCACCAUUUCCAAUUGCACCACCUUACUUAACAUUUCUUUCAUUGUCAAACAACAAUUUGACGGGAGAGAUACCUCUAUUGUGCAAUAUGAGUAUAUUACAAGUUGUAGAUCUUUCAAACAAUAAGUUGAAUGGUACAAUUCCCCAAUGCAUGGUAAACUCCAGUAGUCUUGACGUCUUGGAUGUACAAAAAAAUAGACUGCAUGGCAACAUUCCUAAUGCAUUUGCACAGGGCAAUUAUUUGAGGACACUUAACUUCAAUGGUAAUGGACUUGAAGGGUCAGUCCCUAGAAGUUUGGUCAAUUGUACAAGGCUUCAAGUUUUAGAUCUUGGAAACAACAACAUAAAUGAUAGCUUCCCCUAUUGGUUGGGAGAUCUUCCCAAGUUGCAGGUUCUUGUUCUUCGUUUCAACAACUUCUAUGGUUCUUUUGAAUUUAAUGGUAGUCUCCCAAUGCUAAGAAUCUUAGAUCUCUCACACAACAAUUUUGAUGGCUAUUUGUCAGCAAGGUUUUUUGGGAAUCUAAAAGCUAUGAUGAAUCUUGAUAAAGAAAAAAGAAAUUGAAUUAUAUGGGUUAUUCAUAUUAUCAAGAUUCCGUGGUGAUGGUAGUUAAAGGUUUUGAGAUCCAAUUGGAGAAAAUUAUUACUACUUUUACUUCCAUUGAUUUUUCAAACAAUCAUUUUCACGGAGAAAUUCCAAGCUCAAUUGGAAAACUUCAUUCACUUCGACUCCUCAAUCUUUCUCAAAAUGCUUUAACUGGUCAUAUUCCUUCGUCAUUGGGAAACUUGACUACACUUGAAGCCUUAGAUCUAUCUUCAAACAAGCUUGUUGGAGAGAUUCCAAGACAAUUGGUAAGUUUGACCUUUCUUGCAAAGUUAAACUUAUCACAAAAUCAACUUGUGGGACCUAUCCCUCGAGGGAACCAAUUCGACACCUUCCAGAAUGACUCGUACAUUGGAAACCUAGGAUUGUGUGGAUUUAUGUUGUCUAACAAAUGUAAUAUUGAUGAGGCAACACAACCAAAAUCAUCAAUAUUCGAUGGUGAAAAGCUUAAUAAUUCAGAAUGGUAUGAGUGGAAGGUUGUUAUGAUGGGAUAUGGAUGCGGACUACCCCUCGACUUAUUUAUAGGAUAUCAAGUGUUCUCAACAGGAAGAUCGGAAUGACUUCUAAGGAUGAUUAAUAGAGCUACUAAAAGAUUUGAGAGGAGUAGAAGACAUAAUAAGAAGACUAAGCAAAAGUUGGUCUCUUCAUAAGGCACUUUCUUCUGGGUGAUCAGGCAAGGUGUGAAGAUCAAUGUCAUAAAGGAUUGCCAAAUUUCAGGAUUCAUUGUUUGUAGUUAAAUAUUUAUAGCAGCUAAUAUUGUUGUGCUUCAAACAACUUGAACAGAUUUCAAAUUUUUAUUGUACCAAUUUCAAUACAUGGUUAUGAUGUUUCAGGAUUUUAUUGUUGUAUGAAGCUUGUGAUGUAAAGAGAUGUACUAUGUCUAUGAUGUGAUUAAAGUUUGC